AUGUCUGCACCCCACGACCAGAACCGUCAUCCCCGCCGCCGUCCUCUUAAGGGUUCCGCAUCCCCUCUGAGCACCCAUGGCAUGCAGCUAAGGAAGAGCGGCACUUUCUCGUCGCCAACCCAUAUCUCGUCCGACAUCUGCGAGGUGGACCGAUUCUGCAUGCCCCGCCGCUCGCCUACCAACACUGACCGGCUGGAAGAGCUAGUCAACGACUCCAUCCAGGACCCUAACGUGCGUCGCGUCACCAACCUGCUCAAAGACUUCGAAGCGAGGGUCGCUGGCCAUAAGAGCGCUGUCACCAGCUGUGACCUUCUCAACGAUCCGGAGGUUCUUCCUGUCCCGAGCUUUGUCCUCGACGGCGCCCCAUUGGAUCACACCCCAAUGGACAUUGACCCAAAGCCUACUGCAGUUGGACGCAGCCCCCACGACCACGCUUCUGACAGCGGUCUGGGUUCCAGCAUCAGUGGAUCGAAAUACGGUAAGGAACCACUGCAGCCACCCGUCUUGGAUGAGAACGCCCCACAUACUAACAUAUAUAAAGACGAGAUUCGCUCCCAGCGCUCGAGCGUCCGUGACUCCAUUAGCACUUCUAUCAGCUCGACGCAUUCGGCUGUCACCAGGUCCUUCUCAUCGCUCACCUUUUCAGAAGAGGACGUGCUCGGCGAGCACACGUGCAAGCAGAUCCACGACUACAUCAUCAAGCCCAUUCUCGCCGAGGAGUCUCUCAAGGACUUCCACUCCCUCGUCAAGGACGUGCCUCGACGCAUAGGUGAGAAGAACAUCCGCAACCUCCGUGACCUCGAGAAGACCCUCGUCUUCCUCGCACCGUACAUCUCCGAACAAGACCAGCGACUACCAACCGACCGCCCUUAUACUGACGGCUACUUCCUCGAUUUGAUGGAACAGAUUAGACGAUACGCUUCAAUCAUGGCUGCUACAAGAGAAAAAGAAACCAAGGGUGAGGAUCUGGACGAGAUGGAUUACUCACGCGAUGAGAAGAUCACCCUCCGCGGUGGAAUCAGCCACAACGGCCGUCCUGUCGAGCUCGUCCGGGAGAAGAACGGUAACGUCAUCCCCAUGUCAGUGGAUGCCUCGAACGCCUUCAGGAUCAAGCGUCGUCUGUCGGACGCCGACGAGGACAGCAUGGACGAGGACGAAGUAACCCGAUCCAUGGCGCGACGACGGAAGUCCGAGAAACCCGGAGACGUGAUGCACACUUGCCGUGACUGCAAGAAGGAGUUCAAGCGACCAUGCGACCUGACCAAGCACGAGAAGACUCACUCUCGCCCAUGGAAGUGCGACGAGAAGAACUGCAAGUACUUUGAACUCGGCUGGCCGACUGAGAAGGAGCGUGAUAGGCACAUGAACGACAAGCACUCUGCUGCCCCUGCUCAGUACAAGUGUCUCUACCACCCAUGCACGUACGCUUCGAAGCGCGAGUCCAACUGCAAGCAGCACAUGGAGAAGGCUCAUGGCUGGGAAUAUGUUCGCUCCAAGAGCAACGGUCGCAAGAAGGGCGCUUCUGGCAGCGAGCACAGCCCCGCUACCCCUCUCACUCCCUUCAUCGGUACACCCAUGUCGGCGACCAUGACUACACCUAUCACACCAUUCGCUGCUUCGCCUCAAGUGCCCAUGAUCGAGAACUUUAACUGCUAUGGCUUCGGAACGCCGGCCAUGAGUGCCCACGGUUACCAAGAUGACUUCCGUCGUGACUCGAUCACCACCGAUGGCUCUCACUUCACAUACUCGUCUGGACAUUCGCCCGUUGAGCCCACAUCCUUCGACGAUGCUGUGACGCCAGAAGAUACCCACAUCAACCACAACGACAUCUACAACGCCUGUGCACUGAACGCAAACUUCAACACAGGCUACCAGCAGCCAACCCCAAUGAGCACAGCGUUCGACUUCGCGCCGCUGCCAUUUGCGACGAAUAACAACAUGAACGGUCUGCCACAUCUAUCACCCAUGGCUCAGCCUGACAUCACCCUCUACUCACCAGACAUGGAUGAGGGCUUUGGCGGUGACAUGGACAUGACCAUGCAAGGCUUCAGUCGCCCCGGCCAGGACUUCACGUUGUUCGACACUGCGCCACCCAGCCAGAUGACGUUCAACCACACGGCCAACUUCUUUCCCGACUUCAACCAGGUUGGAGGCCAGUUCGACCCCCAAUACAUUGAGCCCACCACUACGUUGGAUGAUUUGAACUUUAUGGGCUUCGGGAACCAGCAGUAA